CUGCAGAGCGUGCCGCGCUGUGAGGUGACUCCGGGUGGCGGAGGACAGAGAAGAGCCAUGAAGAAGGACAUCCGCAUCUUGCUGGUGGGAGAGCCCCGGGUGGGGAAGACGUCUCUCAUCAUGUCUCUGGUCAGUGAGGAAUUCCCGGAGGAGGUCCCAUCCCGGGCGGAGGAGAUCACCAUUCCGGGUGAUGUGACCCCAGAGAGAGUCCCCACACACAUCGUGGAUUAUUCUGAGUCAGAACAGACCGAUGAGCAGCUCUACAAUGAGAUCUCCCGGGCGAACGUCAUCUGUAUAGUGUACGCUGUAAACAACAAGAAUUCUAUAGACAAGGUCACCAACCACUGGAUCCCCCUAAUUAAUGAGCGGACGGACAAAGAUAACAGGGUUCCUCUGAUCCUGGUGGGAAAUAAGUCGGACCUCUUAGAUUACAGCAGCAUGGAAACCGUCCUCCCGAUCAUGAACCAGUAUUCUGAGAUAGAGACCUGUGUGGAGUGUUCAGCCAAAAACUUGAAGAACAUCUCUGAAUUAUUUUAUUAUGCACAGAAAGCCGUCUUACACCCGACAGGUCCUCUUUACUGCCCUGAGGAGAAGGAGCUGAAGCCGUCCUGUAUUCGAGCUCUGACUCGCAUCUUUAAAAUUUCCGAUUUGGACAAUGACGGGGUAUUAAAUGAUGGCGAGCUGAACUUCUUCCAGAGGACCUGCUUUCAUAUUCCGCUCGCCCCGCAAGCCCUGGAAGAUGUGAAGAAUGUUGUUCGUAAGAACGUUCAUGAUGGAGUGUCCAACAAUGGGCUGACCCUGAAAGGGUUCCUGUUUCUGCACACACUCUUCAUCCAGAGGGGGAGACAUGAGACCACAUGGACUGUUCUGAGGAGAUUCGGAUAUGAUGAUGACCUGGAGCUGACGCCAGAAUAUUUAUUCCCUCAGUAAUUCCUCUUAAACUUUCCUCAAUGAGAGCCUUGUGUACAGGAAGUAUAUAACCCAGGGCUGUCUCUCUGGUCUGUAUAGGACAGAGACUGCGCCUUAUCCCCCGAGGAGCUGAAAGAUCUAUUUCAAGUCUUUCCUUACAUGCCGUGGGGCCCCGAUGUGAAUAACACGGUCUGCACCAAUGACAAGGGCUGGAUCACCUACCAGGGCUUCCUCUCCCAGUGGACACUGACGACUUACCUGGAUGUCCAGAGGUGUCUGGAGUAUUUGGGAUAUUUGGGCUACUCCAUACUAACGGAGCAGGAGUCCCAAGCCACAGCCAUCACAGUGACCAGAGACAAGAAGAUCGACCUGCACAAGAGGCAGACGCAGCGCAGCGUCUUCCGGUGUAACGUCAUUGGCUCCAAGGGAUGCGGGAAGAGCGGUGUUCUGCAGGCUCAUCUAGGGAGGAACAUGAUGAGACAGAAUAGGAUCCGGCCAGAACACAAGUCGUACUAUGCAAUGAACGCGGUCUAUGUUUAUGGACAGGAGAAGUAUCUGCUGCUGCACCAUGUCACGGAGUGCGAAGGCUUAUCUCCUGCCGAUACCGCGUGUGACGUGGUCUGCCUGGUGUAUGACAUCACCAACCCCAAGUCCUUUGAAUACUGCGCCCGGAUGUUUAAGCAACACUUCAUGGACAGCCGGACGCCAUGCCUCAUCGUGGCAGCCAAAUCUGACCUGCCGGAGGUGAAGCAGGAGAGCAGCAUUUCCCCCGCUGACUUCUGUAAAAAGCACAAGAUGCCUCCACCUCAAGCCUUCACGUGUAACACGGCGGACAGCCCCAGCCGAGACAUCUUCAUAAAGAUGACCACCAUGUCCAUGUAUCCUCACGCCCGGUUACGCUGCCUCUGUACCUGCAAUAGGUGUACGUUCUGCCUGUGUCAGAAUCUGCUCCACUCUGACCUCGUCCAGGCCGUAAAGAACAAACUCUUCACCGCCGUUGUUAACAGGCACAUGUCACAGGCGGAGCUUAAAGGUUCCACAUUUUGGUUGCGAGCAAGUUUUGGCGCCACAGUGUUUGCGGUCCUGGGAUUCGCCAUGUACAAAGCUUUACUAAAACAGCGAUAAUCCGACACGGACUGCCUUCCUCCUAGGUUGCUUUGUCCUGCCGCCAAAUGAGCCCCGCCUUCUUUCCGUGUACAUUAUGCACUGCGUAACCCCCGCUAGCCCACUUAUUUAUUAUUAUCCAUUAUUAGGAUCACUACCUGUGGUUUUAAAGUUCAGCGUAUCUACAGUAUUCAAUACCACACUGAUGUGGUUGGGAUGGGGAUGCCUCCGAUGGUGGUGCGAGUAUUCCAGCCGAGGUCCAGAAGAG